UGUAUGGAUCUUUGUCUCUUAGGGGAUAAAUUGAACAAAUUAAAAAAAAAAUUAAGCAAGCAAUCAAUUACUACGUGUACAUCUACUUCAUAUUAUAAUGCGUUAAUUAAGUAAAAUUUUAUAUAAAUAAAAAUAAUGGUUCAAGAGUAAUAAUACUAUGUAUAUUAAUUUUUUAAUACAGUUAAGUAAAAGACUUUGUGGUUAACAGUGGUUUUUUUGGUAUAUUAAUAAAAAGGUACAUAGUAAUAUUAUGUAUGUAAGUAUAUAAGAACAAACAGGACAAUGUUUCAAAAGGUGUUUGUACUCGGUGGGCUGAACUUGAUAUCUUUCUCGAAUGGCGUCGUCUACGGUCAGAUAGCUUGUGUGAUCGCCUCCCUACAGAACAGGGAAGAGGGGAUAGACCUCAGCGAGGGACAGAUAUCUUUGAUAGCUUCCUCGUUGGUCACAAUGAACAUCAUUGGAUUCGCUGUAGGCGCUGUCAUUGCUAACAAGUUGGGUAGAAGAUGGGCCUUCAUCAUUUUCUCCGCACUAAUAGUUGCCAACUGGAUAAUAAUGUAUCAAGCAAGAGAAAUGUAUCAGUUCAUGCUAUCAAGAAUUAUUGGAGGGAUUGCUGCUGGUGCUCUAUGGAAGUUAAAUAUAUUCGUAACAUCUGAGUACACUUCGCCAAAGACAAGAGCGUUCUUUUUAAAUAUGGUAACCACAGUUGCUCCUGCUUUUGGCUCAGGAUUGGUACAUGCGCUUGGUAUCAUUUUACACUGGAGAACUGUAACUUUGAUUUCAAUAAUCCCAGCCUUAUCAGGAGUUUUACUACCAUACUUUUGGGUCGAAAGCCCCCAUUGGCUGGCUUCGAGAGGCAAAUUUGAGGAAUGCCAGAUAUCCUUUCGAAGGUUGCACGGUCGUACUACAAAUUCGGAAAGAGAACUGGAAUUGUUAAUCAAAAUGGAGCGAAGUAAGUUGAAAACAGUUGUUGAAUCCAACAGCGAAGCUACUUUAAAAAGAUUGUUACUCGCAUCCAAAAGGAAAUACUUUUGGGAGCUUUUGAUUAUGAGUUGUGUUAUCCAUGCAUAUAACGCGGCGGGUGGUAAAGUGGUUUUUACAUCAUUAGCUACUGUUAUGUUGCAGGAAAUUACUGGUACUUCUGAUGUUUUCCUUUAUACUUUGAUGGUGGAUGGUUUUAUUAUCAUAGGUUCUUGUAUAUCAUGUUUUGCGAUUAGGAACACAUCGAUGCGUACAUUGCUGUUUUCUACUGGUUUUGCAGCGAACGCUUUAUUAGUUAUCUUCAGUGGUUGCUUCUAUUUCAAAAACGGUCAGAGUUACUUCAAUUGGAUUAACGUCAGCUUAUUAGCAUCGUAUUUUAUUUUAGUUAACGCUGGUCCCUAUCCAGUUUUGGAAGCUAUAUUGAGUGAAAUGUUUCCUUUAGAGCUGAAACUGUAUAUUUUUGCCAUUUCUGGGACAAUUUUGAUAGGUUUGUUAAGUUUAACGAUAUUUUUAUUUCCGUUUCUGGCUAAUUCGAUAGGUUAUCAUGGAUUAUUUUUGUUGAAUGCUGCCAUAAUGUCAGCGUGUCUUGGCUUCUUAUGGUUCAAGUGGCCAGAGACUAAGGGUAGGACCUUACAAGAAAUUGAGGUCUUCUUCAAAACGGAUAACUUCGAUGUAGAAGAAGCGUUAAGUAAAGAACAAUCCAGUACAUUAAUUAUGUAACGUAAUUGUAUAUUUUUUGCGUGGUCAAAACAGAAA